AUGGCCUCCUCUCGUGUCUUUGCCUCUCGCCUGGCCUCUACCAUGGCCGCAACCACCAAGGUUGCUCGCCCGGCCGCUCGCUUCGCUGCCCCCAAGCGUACCUUCACCACCCAGCGCAAGACUGCUAUCCCCAUGACCCCCUUCCAGACCGUCAAGCGCCAGCAGCCCUCCAUGAUCCAGGCCAACGCUCGCCAGGUCUUCGCCAACGUCCAGGCCCGCCGCCAGUACUCCUCUGAGAUCGCCGACGCCAUGGUCCAGGUCUCCCAGAACAUGGGUAUGGGUACCGCCGCCGUCGGUCUCGGUGGUGCCGGUAUCGGUAUCGGUCUCGUCUUCGGUGCCCUCCUCCUCGGUGUCUCCCGCAACCCUGCCCUCCGUGGCCAGCUCUUCUCCUACGCCAUUCUUGGUUUCGCCUUCGUUGAGGCCAUCGGUCUGUUCGACCUGAUGGUUGCCAUGAUGUGCAAGUACGUUUAA